AUACUAUAGAAUUGUUUGGCUCUAUUGUUCAAAGCCUUUAGGAAUAAACACGAUCAAAUACUGUCAACAAGACAAGGUGUGAUAUUCUAUCAAGACCGACUGUGACCACCAGUGCAGUUGGCAACAUGGAGUCCACCACCCACUUCCGAACACAGAGAGGACGCGCAAAUGGUGCCCAUCAUGACAACGCUGGAACAGGACGAAGAGCACACCAUAAAAACAAGCAUUGGGUCGCAGACAAUGCCACUAGCAGAAGUAGUACACCUCAUGGAGGCGCGGACACCGAGCGAUGGGAGCGUGGAGGGCACAGAGGAAGUCGGGGUCGAGGAAGAGGCACCCGUGGCAAAUUCUCUAAUACUACCAUGCAUUUCCGUCAAGGAGGCGCUCUAGAUUCUGGGUCAGCUGCUGCCAGCGAAGGGGAUAACAGCGAAAUGGAGGAUGCCACUGAUGUAGAUGAAGUCGAACACCAAGAACCAGAUACUCUCGAAGAACGGGAACGAUUCUGGAAAGAGCUUGUGAAAGUGCGCGAAGUCGAGCGCAAGACAGCUAUUGCAGAGGGUAAAAUGGACGAUCCAAAUGUGGCAAAACGACUGGAAGAUGCUAUCACAAUGGUCGGCACAUGCAUGGAUAUGUGCCCGAGAUUCGAACGCUACCGCCGUGAACGCGAGAACAACCUCACUGAAUGGGAAAUUGUUCCAGGAACCAAACGCGUCGAUCACAAGAGAGCUGUCAAAAUGUAUGAACGGGCAGCUGGUGACAAGACGCUACCCUCCGAUCUUCGUCCUCCAAAAGUUCUUCGACGCACACUUGACUAUCUUUUCCACGACCUGCUUCCUCGAGGCGGCUUUUCUGCAACCUUCAAUUUCAUUCGUGAUCGUUCGCGUGCUGUACGAAGUGACUUCACGAUGCAGCAUGAGAUGGGUUCCAUCGCAAUUGAGUGCCAUGAUAGAUGUGCACGAUUUCACAUUCUUGGUCUUCACCUGGAGCGCGACCGACCCGGAUCCCAGGUCAGUCUGGAGGAACAGCAGCUGAAGUACACUCUUCAAAGUCUGAAGGAGUUUUACGAAGACCAGCGAGGAAAAUAUCAAUCACCAACAGAGCUUGAAAUGCGAGUCUAUCAUCGUCUGAUCCAUAUUCGUGAUCAAAAAGAGCGACAUGAGGAUAUCCCUUCCCUUAUCCUUGAGCAUCCAGUAUUCAAGCUCACGACCAAAUUCCGGCUCCUCGUACAGGCGAAGAGUGCUCCCAUCAGCAGAAGCUCUCCUCUUUCCGUUGAUAACGAGGCGCUUGGGGUCUUCAACGAAUUGAUCAUACACUUAUUUGGCACCGACACCGUCGACGACAUUGAAAGCCUGCGGGAAAAUCUCACCAUUUCGGAUAUCAUCGAUGGCAGCUCUGCUGUUGUAGAUGAGCAUUAUGAUGCUAUUGUAGAAGAACCAGAUGCUAUGCACGAGGAAGAGGAGCCGCCAUUCGAGGGUAACUUGGUGGAUGCGCCACAAUCUUCCCCGAAACCCCCGCAGCGAAGCGGGACCGAGUGGCUCAAUGAUACAUUUGGUCCGAAACCCACUGAAUCAGCAUUCCUAAACGCUUAUUCUCAACCUGCACCACAAUCGCCAAAGUCUGCGUUUUCAAAUCUGACGUCCGUUCCCAAUGUAUUCGGGGCGACGACAUUCCAGACAUCAGCAUUAGGCUCCAUGAACGAGUUUAGUUUUGGCUCAGCUGCCGUCCCUACAUCAGUAUUUGGACCUUCUGCAACUGGGACCUCUAUCUUUAGCCAAGCACCCUCUUCGGGUUUGUGGACAACUUGUCAACCUCCACUUUUUGGUCAACCUCUGCUCGUCCCACCUACGACCCCAACAGCGCCCAGCGAGAAUAAGGUUCAGGUUCCAGUCAACAAGGCUGCGUCAUCUAUACAACCUCUCAACCCUCAUGCACCAGUAUUUGCACCAUCGCUUUCUCCCAUUAUCACACAACCUCCACCCUCACACCAACCUCCAGUUCCUCCCUCCCCCGCCGCUCCACAACCAACCUUCGGUGUUCCCCGUGAUUCUUUCGGCAGCUUAGAUGAAACACCACCUUCUCAACCGCCACCUUUGAGUAGACAGCAACCAAUAUCUUUACCACCAACACCCACCGCCCCAUUGGUACUUUCGUCGCCCGGGACAAGAUCAACACUUAGUUCUAUGACCAAUUUACACCGACGUGACUCCGUACAGACUCCCUUGCGUUCAGGAAUAACUGCUGCCGAUCUUGAGACAAUUUCAACUAAACUGGAAAGCCCACUCAACGGCAAGGCAUCGUCUUCAUCGCCCAUCAGCAACGUAGACCAAGAAACGCUCAAAUCCAAAGCUUUUGCAUUUGCUCGAAGGAACUUGGUAAUCAGGGAGGCCUUCCAUGCAUGGAGGGAACGAACGGCCAAUCGUACCAAGUGGAAGGAGGCUUGUCUCCGAAGCGAUGCCUAUAGUCAGCGCGUCCAUACGGAGCGACUUUCGAAGAGUACUAGCUCGUUGCCACAAGAGAACAAGCGCAAAGUGGUUACGCCAGAACGACCCAGCCCCGUUAGGAAGCGGCUCAGGAAUCGCUUGUCCAGCGAAUACCGGCCACCGGCCAGCGAUGAAGAACUUGUAAAGCGGUUCGAAAAGAAUCGUGAAGAAAACGAACGGCGCUGGGCUCGUGGAUCUUUCCUCCAUGCGCUGCAGCAACACCUAAAGGCCACGUCAAGCACCAUUCCAGAAAGCUGGUCUGCCUGGCUGUCCUUGAAUCAGGAUAAUGAUGGGACUGCCAUCUGGCUUGAACUGAAAUUCGAUAUACCGGACUCUGGCAGCUGGAAGGACGCCAAUGUAUUCCAAAUACCAGUGGUGCCGCAAGCGCAUAACAGAUCAUUAUAUCCGGGUAUCAUCAUUUUCGAGCGAACCCCAGUUGGUGAGGUUGAAGACCCUCUGGAAAGAAAAUAUCGAAUGCUAGAUGAUUGCUCACGUUUACGAGAUAUUAUCGAGUCGUUACCUCCUGAUCGACAUUUCAUCCCAUCUAUCUUGACGAUAUCUUGGCCUGGCGGGGAGCCCGACUCUUCUUCCGAUUUUAGUGAUAUGAUUGCUGCAAUACUUCACGAUGAAAUCGCGUUUUCCCAUGUUGAUCUAUCAUUGACAUCCACUGCCUCGGACCUUGACUCUAGGUUUCAGUCUGCCUUGCAGUCAGUCAAAGUUGAUACUGAAGGCAAACUUGUACGGUGGAUGUCUGUACUAGACCUCUUCAGGCAGUGGAAACCCAUAUGGCAGACAUUUACCUCCCAGCGAUUAGAACAAUGCAUAGUCAAUGGGGAAUUUGACUGGGGUUUCCUUGGGAGAUUCUUAGAGUUGUGCAUAGAGCUUCUCAACACCAUCUCCAGUACUGCACUUCAACUGAUGGGUGGUAACAUCUUCGGAGAUGUUCUGCCCAACCUGAAGCUGCAACACGUCAGAGACUCAGACUCAAUGUUUGAUGCGGUCUUGCAAUGGCUGGACAAUCCAUCGUUACAAGAUCCCGGUAGACAUCUCGCAGGUGAUCUGAGAUCGCACCAGGCCCUUGACCGAGUCGCUCAAGUGCUGUCCACUCAACGCUUUAGCCCCAAAGCUGUAAACCCCACCCUCAUACGGAAGACCCGUUUCGAUGCAGCGACAUUGAAAAUCUCAACUGAGCAGGGUUCUUACUCGGAUGAGCUCAAUGCCCUUCAUUCCGCCAAGCUGCGACAGACAUGCAAACGUACUGCAUCAAUUAAUGCGUCAUCCAGCCGGUCUUCUACCCCUGCCAAGCGGAGGAGAUUAUCCGUCUCUGAUGAAUCUAGCGAUGGCGGAAGUCCUCCACUAAGCAUCGCUAGCCCUGCCUACACGUCGCCCUCGAUCAGCACCACCACAUCUUUACCUCCUGAGGACAAGUCCACAGUGGUUACAUCCGCUAUGCUUCGUGCUCUUACUAGGGAAAUACGGACCAAGUUUGGCAGUCCCAAAUGACAGGCAUCUUGAUAGUCCUUUAUAAAUGAUGUUAUUGCAUAUCUCGGUAUUACCUAUCACUAUAUGUUUCUUCGCAUCAAUCAGGACACAGCCUCUAGGAGAGUUCUCAUGGGGAACCUCAUUGUUCAACAUGUAAUCAGUACAAAAAACUACAAUAAUGUACAGCGUACGAAGGAAAAUACAACA